GUACAGUUCGUUUUCGCUCCUUCGCUUUCCUUCCUCACACGACAACCAAACUCCUGAUCGUCUUCUUCGUCAUUGCCAUGCCAACUACUUUAGAGAACAGGUGUGACACUUGCGACGUCCAUGGUAGACGAAAACCCCUACAGAAAUGCGCCGGAUGCGGAAUUUCAAGAUACUGCUCGAAGGAGUGCCAGAAGAAAGACUGGGUCGUCCAUAAAAUUGCUUGCCAAAUGAACACACUCUACGUGGACAUGUUAAAACAUCAGGACAGCACCCCCAUGGGUAGAAUGCUCUGUGCUGGUUUGCCAGACGAUCUCACGAUGCACGAACUUGACAACCGGUUAGCAAAGUGGGUCCGGUUCCACACCACAAACCUCGUCAUCGCUUGUUUCAUCGCCAUCCGAAUAAACGAUGAUCUCGACAAUUGCAACAAAGAGGUUUUGUAUAUCAGUGUUCGACCCCGACCACAGUCCGAACAUGAAGGCUAUCCCGGAAAGUACUUUGCCAUUAAAGACGCAUAUCCUGUGAACAUUCAGACUACCAUGCAUUGGCCGAUGCCCUGGCCUCCUACUCUGCUACAACUACAAGAAGUUCAACGAGCAAGGGAAAGCGAGGGACGAGGCCGAGUAGCUGGAUACAUCAUAUCACUGCGACCCUCUACCGUUGAUCACAGUCCCAAUCGGGAAAGUAUUCGGCAUUCCUGAAGUUCCUUGGAGUCGAUGGAGGCGUAUCUUGAUUGAGGAUGUGUGGAAUGGAAGAAGGCUAAAAGAAUCGAGGUCCUGAACCCGACCGACGAGUAGCUAAAGAAUUGACUCCGGAAUAGUGGUUUGGGCAGUGGUUAUUGAGCGAAUCUC